CGUUUCUUGUUGUUGAGACAACGAGGGAGGCGGGGAUGCUGUGGGGUGGGGGGUUUAUUUAGGCAAGGGAAGAUACCAUCCGAAUAACUCUUUUCGAUGUCGGAUUAACAGAUAGAGAUGGAUGUGGUACAGGAGACAGGUUCUGCUGCGACGGGGACGGAGCUGAGAUUCAAGCCCGGGGGACGACUGGAUAUGAACCAUGGUUUUUUGCACCAUAUUCGCAGAAAUCAAAUCGCCAGGGAUGACUAUGACAAAGAGGUGAAAGAAGCAAAAGAGAAACAGAAGAAAAGACACAGCAGUGGUCCUGCCCGGCCUCGAAGGCCAGACAUUCAGGUGUAUCACCCACGAUGCAGAAGCGGAACAGAAAUCUCUCAAGUCAUGGAAAAUGAAGAAUCCAAUGAAAGCAGCUCCAGCGCAGAUCCAGAACUACAUGGGACAGAGCUGUUCUGUCUAGAAUAUGAAGCAGACAGUGGAGAUGUCUCCUCAUUUAUAAUACACAGGGAUGAUGACCCCCGCAAAGUGGUGGAACUAGUAGCAGCAGAAAACAUUUUGGACUCUGGCAUGAAAGCAACUCUCUACCAGCGAAUUCAGCAGGAGAUUGAAAAGCGCAAAGUGAAACGCUGAACUGACCAAGGAUGGCAAAUCAGAUGUUGAGUAUUUCUCACUGAAACCUGAGAGCCAGAAGCUGACAUGCUGCAGUACGUCAGUCAACAGCACUGUUUAAAAUGACAUCCAUACUCUGGCAGGACUACUGAAAUAGUUAAAGCUGCACUUUAAGCAUGCCUAGACUACUGCUCUUGUGUGGCAGUUCACCAUGACAUGAAUGCUACAGGGUGCACUUUUAAUUUAGUUUUAUUCUGAUGAAGUGUACUUCUACUCAGAAGCCCAAUAUACUAUACAGUAACUACAAAUACAAAAUGACAAAUGACAUGCAGCAUAAAUGAAAGACAGAGAUGCAUCAUG